UUUCCACAAGACACACAACACACAACAAUCACUGACUAGGUAAUUAUACAAGAGAAACACCCAAACCAUACAAUGACAUCUACAUGGUAUCAUUUCCUCACUCAUAACACUCAUCGUGCCAGGACUUCUUGCUUCCUAGAUUGAUGCUCCACUGCGGAUACGCUAUAUUGAUUACCACCGAAUCCCUGGAUUUUAUUCACCACCACCAAUGACACCAAUACCGCCAUACCACGACUACAACCACUAAUACGGCCCCCAUCUAUCAUGGACCAGAACCUCCCGGAUUCUGUACAAACCUUAAAUCCCCCAACAGACACUUCCACUCACAAUGAUCAAUUGGCUCCGUCGUUUGAUAUCCCCUCACGUGCUAUCACCGUAAUCGAACAUCCCAGCAUCAUCAAAAACAUCGACAAAGGCAUCAAGUCUCUGGGUGGCCAUGUCGCAUUAAGUAAAAUUCUUCGAUCCCAACCCCUACCCAUUCCUGAAUAUGAGAUCGAAGACGCUGAAAAUCCACAAAUCUAUCUUCCUCGGAACGUCUCUGCUUCCUUGCGACCAGACGACCCUCUCGCCAAGCGCAUUACUGCAACCCCGGUGUCUACCAAGAACCUACUGCUCAAGAUCACAGUACCCAAGCGAACCGGUCGUAAGCGGAAGAAGGGUUCGAAUGAUCCGUUCCUUCACGAUGACGGUACGGCGGAGGGCGGCUCAGCACCACCUAACCCAUAUGUCGAUGCACGCAUCAUCUUCCGCAGUAUCCAAGAUAAUGCGUCAAAGUACAGCGUCGUCCCGGUCGGUGUGAUAGACGAGUCACAUAGAUUUAGAACCCUGCCGGAUAUUCAGUGGGCGUCUGAAGGUAACAAGGAGUUGACUGACAUUAAGGAGCACCUGCUUCCCCUUCGCUACUCCCAGCUCAAGGACUGGAAAUUCAACACAGAGCCUGGGUCAGACUUGACCAGAUAUGUCGGUCUUACCCCUGAAUUCUUCCAAAUGCCGGUGCAUUACAACUACAAAUUCCAACAGAAUCCAUUCGUAAAGUACACUGGAGACGGACGCGAAGAAGUCAAUGUGCAAAAACGACUAACGGUCGAUGGCUACCACCUUAUCGCACCAACCGCUAAAUCAGUACCAACAGGUCCUAAAUCACAUAUCCCUCCAGAGCACACCUUAACACCCUUCAUCACAGACCUCAUUGCAGAAAUCAGAGCUGAGCUCAGAAAACGUCCCAUCAUCACUCGCCAUCUAUUAUUCAACAGACUUGGCUGGGACAAGCGCGAACGUAUCAGAGAGGCCGCCGUCUACUGUGGAUAUUUCUUCACCAGCGGUCCCUGGCGAGAGGCCCUCAUCGUCUGGGGCCUUGAUCCCCGAACAGACCCUAGAUAUCGCCAUUAUCAAACCAUCUCCUUCAUCUCCUUCCUCAAGAUUGGCACCACCCGCAGUAGACUCAACUUCGACAAGCAUGUGCGUGAGCUCGCACGAACCUCACCCGAACGGCUUGCCACCGAACACAUCUUCGACGGCGUUACGUUCUCCGAGACCGGCAAUCUAUUCCAAUUCUGCGACAUCACGGAUCCCCUCAUCCGCCAGAUCCUAGACACACGCGACAUACGCGAUACUUGCGCCCCUACGUUCCCUGGCUGGUACCACAUCGGAACGUGGGCUAAAGCUACAGUCAUAAUGAAGGAUAAGAUGAAUACAAUUAUCAGCGGUCAAAAGCCGGACAAUUCCAUCUACCAACGCGUUUUACAGUGGCCUUCUAAGUGGAACGACCGAGAGAUGGCCCAAACGUAUAGGAGUGAGACUACCGACAAAGAGCUCAAGAAGGAGAAGGCGCGAGAGCACAUCGUCAUGUACAAUGUCCGUUGCGCUGCUAGAAACCCCCGGUAUGCUUUUGAGAGGAUGCAAAACCAGGAGAAAGAACGUGGGCAAAGGGGCAACCAAAGCACGGGUGGCGAUGUAGAGGGAGAGUUAGAGGAGGAGGAUUCAGCUCCGAACGAAGACGAGGAAAUUCCGGAGGACUUCACAGAGGCCCAGGACACGGCAGACGCAAUCAUGCGUGAAGGCGAAGACGACGAAGAUGAAGAUGAAGAUGUGGACGAGGGCGAGGAUGGCGACGACGAUGACGAUGACGAUGACGACGACGACGAUGAUGAUGAUGAUGAAGAUGACAUUGAGGGAGACGGCUUCGCUGCUGUCAAAGAAGCUUAUGUUGUGGGGGGGAGAGACAACAGAGAUGAGCUCGGUCCUGAACUUGAUGAGGAUGAAGCAUCAGACACAGACGAUGAAUCACCACGGCAGGCAAAGCCGUUUGGAGGCCUUUAUCCCACAAAAUGAACGGCGUGAUCAACAGAUCGGAAUUGAUUCACAUAUAAAUAAAUCAAAAUAAAC